CCAGGGAAGUCCCUAGCCUUCUAUCUUGUAAAUAAAUGUAAUUUAUAAAAAAAGUUUCCUAAAGUCAAACAAACCAAACAGGGCAGGGAGGUGCUCCAGGCUGCUGCUGUGAGGGGCACUAGGGUGGGCUGUGUGGCACAAACAUGAUUCUCUCCUCUUUGCACCCACAGGCCGAUUCCCACACUUCAACAGCCUGUGCACACCUGUUUGAUCGCUUCCCCCCACCCUCAGGUCCUCGAAGAUGGCGAUGGCUCUGGCGGUAUUGCGGGACUGGUGCAGGUCGAUGGGCGUGAACGCUCAGCGAUCUCUGCUCAUCCUGGGAAUCCCAGAUGACUGCAAAGACCAGGAAUUCCAAGAGGCUAUGCAGGCUGCCCUGCGUUCCCUGGGCAGGUACCGAGUGCUGGGCAAGGUCUACAGAAAGGAGCUGGGGUCGAGUGUUGCCCUGGUCGAGUUUGCUGAGUGUUUAAAUCGAAGCUUGCUCCCCCGCCAAAUACCAGGCAAGGGAGGGCCCUGGACUGUGGUCUGCCUGCCCCAGGCCCCUGAUGCUGAUUCACAGGAUAGACCCAAUUGCCCUGCGCAGCCCCAGGGACAAGCAGUGGUUGGCAGGGCGGGUGAGGCAGGAACUGCAGGUGAGGAGGGAGCUGUAGGUGAGGCAGGAGAUGCAGGUGAGGAAGGAGCUGCAGGUGAGGAGGGAGCCUCAGGUGAGGCAGGAGCUGCAGGUGACGACGGAACCUCAGGUGAGGCAGGAGUUGCAGGUGAGGCAGGAGCUGCAGGUGAGGAAGGAGCUGCAGGUGAAGCAGGAGAUGAAGGUGAAGCAGGAGCUGAGUCAGAUGAGGAAGGAGCUGCAGGUGAGGAGGGAGAUGAAGGUGAGGAGGGAGCUGCAGGUGAGGAGGGAGCUGCAGGUGAGGAAGGAGCUGAAGGUGAGGAAGGAGCUGCAGGGCUGGAAGGAGCUGAGGCGGCAGGCGCCAUGGGUGAGGCAGGGCCCGGGACCCAGCAGUGGAGGCAGGCCUCGCAGCCCGUGCUGGACAGCAUGGGCUACCAGGAGCUGGGAACCUUCUCUGGGAUGGAAGAGCCGGGCCACGGAGAAGGGUCCUCUGAGAGCUGGCUGGAGCAGGCCAGCCACACGCUGCACCUGUGGUGCCACGUGUCUGAGAGGGAGAGGAGGAGGAGGCUGGUGGAGAGCUUGCGCGGCCCCGCGCUGGACCUCCUGCGUGGCCUCCUGGCGGAAGAUCCCGAGCUGGCUGCCCAGGACUGCCUGGCCGCGCUGGUGCAGGUGUUUGGGAACAAGGACCCCCGGGGGAGUGCUCGGCUGAAGUUCGUGACCUGUGCCCAGUGGCCCCAGGAGACUCUCUCUGCGUACGUGAUGCGCCUGGAAGGCCUGCUGCAGUCGGCCCUGGAGAAGGGGGCCAUCCACCCGGCCAUGGUGGACCAGGCGCGCGCCCGGCAGGUGCUGACGCGGGCCCGGCUGAACGACACGCUCCGGGACACGCUGAGGAGGCGGCGGCUGAUGAGGAGGCCUCCCGGCUUUGCGGGGAUGCUGCGGCUCAUCCAGAAGACCGAGGCCUGGGACGCCGACCCGGCUAGCAGGGAGCACUUCCCAGGGCAGGAAGAGGCCCGUGUGGACGUUGCAGUCCUGGCAGCAGCCGCCCAGGCCGCCCCGGCCCAUGAGGCCAUCACCGCAGGCACCACUGCACAUGGCACCAAGGCCUCCCCGGCCGGUGAAGAUAGCACCGCCCAGGCCGCCCGUUCCAAGGAAGGGAGCGCCGAGGACCACCCGGCACGUGAGGAGGCCAGUGCGGCAGUUGCCGGCACUGCCAAGGCUGGCGAGGCGGCCCCUGAAGACCAUGGUGCCGCCAGGGCAGCCCCUGGCCCUGGGGAGACCAGCAAGGCGUCCGCGGCCACUCAGGAAGAUGGAAGUGCUGCCGCCCCUGCGGGCCUAGGUCAGGCAGGACCCUCAGAUGCCCCCGGGGUCCCCAUGCCUGGCCGGAUGGGCAGUGCUUCCCCGGUGGCCCCAGGAGGUCCUGGCUGGGAGCCAGAGGGCCUCGCCCAGGCAGGAGGCCAGGAGGCCGAGGAGACCCCCGAGGAGGGGCUCAAGCCCAUCCCAGAAGAGCCGGGAAAUGAGGAUGGGGCUGCAGAGAUGAGCCCCCCGGGGUCCACCUCGGGCCACUAGGCUCAGCAGGCCGUGGGGCUGCCAGGCUUGGAGGCAGGGGGAGGCCAGGCCUGGCAGCCUACUGGCCCCAUAUUAGGGGCCACUCCAGGUGCCUGGGCCUCCCUCCUGAGAGGGGACCCCUGUUCAUCAUCCCCUGGGGCAGGUUGCUCCCUGUACUGGCAAGCCCAAAUGUGUCCCUGUAGGCCCCAGAGGGACCCAGGUGUCAAGGAACCCCCCAGCCCCCGCUCCCCUCCCCCCAACACACACACCCUAGCCAUCGUCCCCCCGCAGAGCCCUGAGGUGCGCCACGUGCCA